GAGACCCGCACCGGCGGCACCUGCGCUGGCGACGGGCGAGGAGGGGGCGGCCUCCCCCGCCGCCGUCCGUCGGUCGGUCCGCCCAUCCGUCCGUCCGCGGGAGCGCGGAGGAGCGGCGCUGGGGAGGGACGCGGUGUUAGGUUACCCCGGCCCGGCCCCGGCCCCGCCGCCGCCGCCGCCUCGGGGCCACCGGGGUGCCGCGGGUCUGCGCCGGCGGCCGCGCAGCCCACGGUAUGUCGGGCCGGUGACUUCAGCCGGGAGAUAUUUGGAGGCUCCGCGGGGUCCGGUGCGGGGGGCCAGCGUGUGUUUGGGUCUGAAAGCGAAUCAGCGGAGGGCGCGUCACUGCCAAAGGGCCCUAUAAAUCCAUCUGCGGCGCUGAGUCGCCCUGGCAAACCCCCCGCGUCCGCCCGUCCGGCUCCGCGCUCCCCUCUGCCCGCGGGUGCGGAGCCCCCCGCGCCUCCUCCAGUCCCGCACCCCCGCCCGCCCGGCCCCGCCGGCCCACCCGGCCCCCCGGGAACCGGGGGCGCCCAGGCCCACGCGGGGCAGCCGGAGUGGGCGCUCCCCGGCGCCGGCCCGGCCGCUCCCGCCACGGUCCCCGCUUGGAUCUAAGCUUUCGCCGCGACGGGACCCCCGAUCUGGAGGAGGAAACCUCGCUGCUGCUGCUGCUGCUGCUGCUGCUGGUGCGACCGGCUCUACAAAUCCCAGCGCCGGCCUCUGAUUCUCCCAGCAGGCUGAGGGCGGUGGUUUGAUUUUUUUUUUUUUAAGUUUUAUUUUUCCCUCCCCUCCUCAGCUGGGGUGGUUUUUUUUCGUGGGUUUCUUUUUUUUAUUUUUUGUUUUUCCUCCUCCCGCCGUUGCGUGUCCGUGUCCGAGCGGUGCGCGGCUAACCGCGGUGCUGGACCAGCUGGCGUUACAGGAGCCCUGAUGUCUUCAUCUGACUCCCCGCAGUUGUUGAUGGAGUGUCUGUCUCAGAUUUCCAGGCAGGGUCCCAAGAGCAGCACCCAGAGCCAGCUCCCGCUGCCAGGCGGCGCUCCCCGCGGCUCGGGCCGCUCCCGCCGCUGCUAAGCGCGGCCCCGGGGCCGGAGCCGGUACAGAUCCCCGCGGCGCCGCUCCUGCUGCGGCCACCGCACCUGCGGCGGCGGGAGAGGCUGCCGAGGCUUGUGCCGGCGGCUACCCUCUGCCUCCAUCCAGACUUGAGACCUUGCCCACCCUUCCUCCGUACGUCUCGUCUCCCCCCCUCCCCCCCCCCCCCCCAGCUCCCACCACGCGCAAAGAGGGUCCCGGCGGCCGGACCCCGACCUGGCCCACAUGCAUCGCCCGUCCGGCCGCUCGGCUCCCCGGCGUUAAUGUCCAUCUCGGGUCCGACGAGACCAGCUCAGAGGGGCCCGUGUUGGAAGGAAAUCUAAGAUGAAGUUAUGGGAUGUUGUGGCUGUCUGCGUGGUGCUGCUCAACACGGUCUCCACCUCGCCCCUGCCCACCGGUAAGACGCCUCCCAAGGGGUCCCCUUCAGUGGUAGAGGGGCCUGAAGACGAUCUCUCCCCCAUCAGCCUGCUGCCUCCCUAUGCUGUGCACAGUGACUCUAAUAUGCCAGAGGAUUAUCCAGAUCAGUUUGAUGAGGUAGUGGACUUUAUUCAAGCCACCAUUAAAAGACUGAGGAGGUCGCCGGAUAAACAGACUCCAAUUUUUUCUAGGCGGGAGAGAAACAGGCAAAACACAGCCACAAACAUAGAGAAUUCCAGCAAAAAAGGAAGGAGGAAUCAAAAGGGCAAAAAUCGAGGAUGUGUCUUAACAGAAAUACAUUUAAAUGUAACUGACUUGGAUUUGGGAUACGAAACCAAAGAAGAGCUCAUUUUCCGGUAUUGCAGUGGAUCUUGUGAUGCAGCCGAGACCACUUAUGACAAAAUUUUAAAAAACUUAACCAGAAAGAAAAAACUAGUCACUGACAAAGUGAGGCAAGCUUGUUGCAGACCCACAGCCUUUGAUGAUGACCUGUCUUUUUUGGAUGAUAACCUGGUUUACCACAUACUGAAAAAACAUUCCGCAAAAAGGUGUGGAUGUGUCUGACGGCUGCACUCCAGAGGCAGCGCCAGUUUUGCAUUCCUGCUACAAUGCAAGGAGAGGGACCAAGGUUCCUGGGGAAGCGUCUGCUCAGAGCAGAGGAAAGAGGACCAAGAACGCAGAACAAGGGGUUGUGAGAGCCUGGGGAUUGACGUAAGGUGACAUAGGAAGACGGAGGCUUUUGACAUCCUACGGGAAAGUGAAUAAAAGCUCAGGUGGAGAUGCCGACAGCUGGAUGGCAUGCGCGCUCCCUUUCCCGUUUGAUGCAGUCCACGAUCAGUGAGACUCAGAUCCAUGAGGAAUGUGCUUAAAAACACAACCCUGCUGUACCACGCUGUGUUGUAGUUAUACCAUCCAUGCCAGAAAGCUUAGCUGAGAAGUAGCUUAGGAGUACCUUACUCAUCCUCGGUGCUCUCAGCUUUACUGAAAGACACAUUGUGCUACUGCUAAUUGAAGGGCAGUUCCUAUAGCUUAGUUCCUUCUAAGCUAUAAUAAGAUUAACCUUGUAAGUAAGAUGACAUCGGACAAGUAUCAAAAUUCCCUGGCUCAGGUGGUCUAGGGUCAGUAUUGAUACGAAGCAGAACAGUUCCACUUACUGGUUAAGUUUGUCCAUCUUGUGUUUUUUCAAAAAGAGUGUAGGAUUUCAUUCUUCUGCUACCUAUGAAAGCAAGUUGAGUUUUUAAGCACUUCUUCCUAGUAUAAUAAGAUAAAUUACAAGCCCGGUCUACACAAAACAUGUUUCUUUUGGUUUACAAAGGACUAAUGUCACUUACGUAACUACAUUUCUGUUUGGUCAUUGUGAGUAAGCAGAGACUACUUGAUGCAAUGCAUCCGUUCAGAGACAUAAAUAUACAGAAGAUAUUUAUUGAGAUUAAGUUAUUGUUAUUUAUUACAGUUCAGUAAUGAGUCUCCUUUCCUUAUUUAUUAAAGUUUCUUUUCAAAGGUGCCAAAGUAGAAGGUGCUUGGAAGAUACAGAGAGACAAUGAAGUUGGGAACAACCGUCCGUGCUUUUGAUUGAAAGUAUUAACUUGAAUGCAAAAAAUCACUUACUUUACCUUUUUUCUUUUAAAAAAAAUCAUGAUUAUGUUCACAAAAUGUAGUGCUGAAGCCUGCAGCCCUUCCUUUUGCUCACUAAUACUUUUGAAAAUUACUGCAGUCAUGCAUGCGCAGGAGCAGCAAUGGCUCUGGAUGAGUGAGGGUUGCAGGACUUGGCUCAACAUUAGCAAUUUGUUAGAAAAAUUAAUUCUAGUCAUAUUUUAAAUGUAGCCGCAUUUUUUUCUCACACUUUUUGCCAACUGACCUCAUAUAACUAUUGACAAAUGGAAAAUAAUAACAUUUAGCCUUACUAUUUCUUGUUAUAUUUAUUUAAGCUUUUCCUUCCAUAUUUCCAUAUAGAAGAGGUUAAAUCCCUCUUACUAGUUAUCCCUGGAUUUAAUAUAGCCUGCAGGUAAACAAUUGUGUUAAAUAACCAAAGUGCUUUGUAUGAUUUAAUGAAAUGUUGCAAGAUCAUACCCACACAGCAGAACAGUUAUGAAUUUCCUUAGGAUGAGGGAGGUUGUACAGCAAAGGUGUUCAUACCUGACUGCUAACACAACCUCUCAUUCUGGAGGCUUUUUUUCCCAAAGGAGCAGCAGUGCAGGUUACUAGACAUACCUGACAGCCAGUGAAGCAUCAGCUCCCACAAGAAAAACAGGAAGAAAAAAAAUCCCUACUGAAAACCAAAAACUGAUGGUCCAACCUUUUAUCUUGUGCAUUCAAUGGCUCUCCAUACUCAUUUCCCCUGGACCCUCGGGGUGCCACAGAGAAGGGUCUAGAGGUCAAAAAAUCCAGAACAGGCAUAGAAAAAUGUACCAGGUGUAUGAAAUGUAAUUCAGCCCUGAUCUCCGCUGCUUUCCUGGGUGGAUAGAAGGCAGCCCCAGAGCCCACCCACAGCGUCCAUUCUCACACUGCCAUGAGGGCACCUUACCCGCCGUGCUAGGCGGGGUGGUACAGCUGAUACCACCACCAGCAUUGGCAUGAUUUGGGCAGUAAAAGCCAGAUAAUCUGAGGGUCAGCUGUGCUGCUGGGCAGUUUACCAGGCGCAGUGCUCAGAGGUGUGCUUUCACUUGCCCCGGUUGUUGAAAACUUGCCCCAAAGCAUUUUCCGUGCAGCUUGAACAGGCUGCAACCAAAGCAAAUCACUAUGUUCAAAAUACAAAAGGGUAAAGUUUGUGAUUUUUUUUUUUUUUUUACUUUUUAGACCUUACUGAAGACAGGAGUGUGCUUCUCUGGAGUUUUUUACUUCACCUGCGAUUUAUGUCUCAGUCAUUUGUGUUAAUCAACCAAAGUUCUCUACAGACUUUAUUUUUGUACAAUAUUCAUUUUAUAACUUUUUACAAAAUAAAACUCAUUUCUAUUGUUA